CUGAAGGGCUCGCGCUUUCACGUGCCAAGGUAAAAGAGAAUCUGUUGAACACCGGGUGGUCAUAAUCUGAAACCAGGUGAGAGAAGAGGGGGAAAAAAAGAUAUUAAAGAAAAAAUAAAGGCGAGCCAUGAAAAAACACCUGAGCCCCACGAAGCAGCAGCAUCAUCACCAUCAGCCGCCGCCCCCACCGACAGACAUCCCGGCUGCAGGCGGUGAGGUUACCGUUCAGCAGCUCAACCAGCUUCUCUCCGACGGCAGCGGCUUCUACAACCUCCCCACCCAGCACUACAACGAGGUCUUCCCCAAGAUUUAUAUCGGGAACGCGUUUGUGGCCCACAACCCGAUGCGACUGCAGAAACUCGGGGUGACGCACGUCCUAAACGUAGCAGAGGGUACCUCCUUCAUGCAUGUCAACACCAGUCCGGAGUUCUACGCCGGGACUGGGAUUACAUACCAUGGCAUUCCAGCCAACGACACAGAGGACUUCAACCUUAGUGCCUUCUUUGAGGAGGGGGUGGAUUUUAUAGACAAAGGACUGGCGCAUCAUAAUGGCAAAGGGAAGGUGUAUGUCCACUGCAGAGAAGGCUACAGCCGCUCUCCGACCAUGGUCGUUGCUUACCUCAUGAUACGACAUAAAAUGGAUGCUCGGCAGGCUCUGGCCACCGUGAGGCAGAAGAGAGAGAUCGGCCCCAACGACGGCUUCCUACGCCAGCUGUGCCAACUCAACGAGAAGCUGGCAAAGGAGGGCAAGCUGAACGGAGAGGUGGGGAAAACAAAGACCAAAUGAAAACAGGAGAGAUGUCUAAAGGACCCGUCUCUUCUCGUCAGGCCGAUCGCAUCCUGACGGAACCAGCACCCAUCUAACAUAUCAGGGGUACAAACAUGCAUUUAUCUGUGUAAAUACCUGUCCUUCAUGUAUGCACAAACAGUUAAAUUUUCCCACCUUCUUCUCUAUUACUCCAAACUUCACCUCUGGGCAGAAUUUCUCUAAAUUUGAAAGAUGACAAGCGUACCUUCAUAACGCAUUCUUUUGAUUUCAAUACGAUUUUAACAAGAGAAAAACCUCCCCUGAUUUUUAAGCUAUUCUUACAAAUUUGUAUCAAACUGAAGAUUAUAGCACAAUCAUUCCAUAGUUUUCCACUGCCGGAAUGUCAGUGAUUCUCUGCGAACUGGAGUAAAUUGCAGAAAGGAGAAAAAAUAUCCUAAAUUUCAAAAAUGUUUGAACACGGAGAAAAAGCGGAUGAAGGAAAAUCCCAAACAUUCCAUAGACUUUAAAGACACCCAGAUUUAAUCCAUAAUAUACUUAAGUCUUUAUCUUCUAUACACAAGAAACUAAAUAAAUACACCUUCUCGCUCUCGAAUGCUCCUACACUCUGGCUGUUCCGUUUCACUUUUGGCUUCUAGUUUGACAACGUUGGCAGUAAAAGAGUCAAAACACCAAAAACCAUUGAGGGUUGUGAUAAUUAGAAAUAAUGAGCUGUGUGGCUCGCUCAUGUUACGCUAUAUUUUAUGUGAAGAAUGUUCCUUUUAGUUGGAUUGUGAGUCUAGUUAGUUCCAUGUUAAAACAAUAAAAUGGAAAUAUCUAUUUCCAUUAUAUUUGUAAGUACACUUCUUUGUGACAAAAUCCACAUCCUCCAGCUGGAGAAAAGAAAUCUAGUUAUAGAAACGUUCAUCCACUUCGUAUGAUAUAUGAAUAGGGAAUAGAGAAGGAACAGAAUUUAAUCAUAACUCUGCAGCACUAGAUCGUGUUUCUAGUUUAUAUUUUUAGGCUUUUUUUUUAUUAAAUCCCUAUAAUAAAUCCAAAGUCACAGUCACAUUUUUUUCACUUGGGGAGUAUUUUCUCCACCACCAAUCAGUUUAGUGCUGCAACAAGAAAAUCCCAUUUAAAUAAAGGCAUAAUUUACAGAAAGAGAAAAUAUACUAUUUAUCAUGAAUGCAUUUUCCUUCAGGUUCUUAUUUUUCGUUCAAUCAAGUUAGAGUUUUCACUCCCUGGAGGAACUCGGACAUUGAUGAAAGAGGCCUCUGUUGAGCUUUAUACCUUAAAAAAUGGAAAAUCAUCUUAGAUUGAUUUUGUUCAACUUCAGACAUCUGCAUAUAGACAUGCGAGUCCUUUUGCUCACCAGCCAAUGUGGGUAGUGGUUUUCCAAAGCUACUAGCCACUCAGCAUUUUCAGUAGCCACAUUUUUUGUUGUUUGGAAUAAUUUGCUUAUUAUGAUUAAAGCUGCUAAUUAUUGCCUUAAAACCUAAAUACAUUGUUAUUAUCAGACGCCCAGACAUUUCAGCUCCUUUGGCUUAAGUCUACCCUGCAUGUCCAGAACCAAAGAUGAAGAAGCAGCUUCUAGUUCUUAUUAUCCACUAAUUUGUAACAAACUCCCAGAAUACUUUAAAAGUACCAAAACCCUUGAUUUAUUAAAAUGAAUUUGCAUAGAGCACAAUCUGACUGUGCUAUCUAAACAUUACUAGUUAAGUUUUCAAUAUAACUUCUCUUUCAUUUUUAUCAAUCAUUUUAGCUAGUAACAUUCUUUUUAACCAUUAAGGUUGCCUUUAUGCCUCUGCAAUGCACAUUUUUUUAAUCUCCUCUCUUGUGCAGCACUUUUAAUUGACUUGCCACUGAAAGGUGUCUAAUAAAUAAAUUUCCCUUGCCUUUGAAGGAAAAUAUGAAGUUUACAAAGUAAUAAAAUGGGUUGUUUCUUUAAAUAUUAAAAGAGCUCCAGGGAAGUAGAAGAUUAAUUCAAAAGAUAAAAACUAAAACAGAAAAAAAGUGAUGAACACAGUUAUAAAACAUUUUUACAGCAGUAAAAAAAAAAAAAAAGUACGGCAUGAGAUUGAGAAUAUAGGAAACAAAAACACUCGUAUUUUGCAGAUUGGUGGGUGUUAAUCUUAAGGCCUGAAUAGUAAGGCCAUUUGACCAGAAAAAUUAACUCAACUGAUAAGGAGGUUGAAUUUAGCAAAUAAGUUUACUUGGGUAACUUAAACCUUAUUUAGGUUAUUAAUCUAACUAAACUGAUUAAAUACAGUUUAAAAUCAAAUGUUCUCUUUAAUAUGCUAAUAGAUCAGGGUGUCAUCAGCAUGGCAGGAGCAGGAAAUGUAAUGUUUUGCUUAAUGUAGACCCUCAGGGCAAGAAAUAAGACAAUAAUUGCGGAAAAGUCAAAAUGGAUCCUUGAGGAAUCCCAGCUUACUAGGCUUCAGCUGAGGAACAUUGGUCUAAUUAAAGCAGCAUUUAACAGGAUGUAGUUUAGCCACCCUGACAUGUGCUGCUGUUUUUUUUUUCUAAGCAAGACAAGAUAUUUUUCUGAUGGGUCUUAUGAACAAAAAAGUUCUUAAGUUGUAUUAUUAGAAAUUCAGCUCCAACAAUUUUAAAGUAAAGCAGACCUCUUCAUAUUUGUGCACUCUGCUCCAAUCCAUUUAGAUAACAGUGAUAAUGUAUAUCUGAAAAGAGCCAACACCCAAGAACCCAAAUAUAAGCAGCACUCUUCCAUAAAUGACCACUUUAUGAGCUUAAUCUGUCACUGUCCGGUCGCUUGGACGCUUAAAAAAGCCAGUUUCAAUCUAGAGGCCUUACAGUGUCAAACGUGUCAGCUGGGAAGGAUGCCAUUGGCCUUCAGUCGAGAGCGUUUCUGUCAUCGCACCAGAGAGUAAAUCCACUGCCAGCUCCCUUCACCCACAGCCCUUCAGCUAGUAUCAGAUGCCACUAUUUCAUUAACACCGUUUGUCAAAACACACCCACAGCCCUACAUGUGUGCCAAACAGAAACCCAUGCACACAUAAACAUACACUUGAUGUUUGUAUGCACUGAAGCAUUGCAAUAUAUGUCAAUACCCUAUCAGAUAUAUGAAAUAUAAUCAUAUUUGGAAUGAAUUACCCAGUAGUACUCAUGUAACACCCUCAGUUCUAUAGCUGUUUGCUAAUGACAAUGCAUUAGUUGAUGAUUGUAAAUGUAUUUGUCCAGGGAAGGAUGGUAUCUACAGUAGAUUGAAGGGAAAUAAAGAGAAAGAACUGGCUUUAGUCUGAGUCUUGGUCCAACAAUCCAGAUUAUAUAAACUCAGAAUCUGGUGGGACAAAUAUCAAAAUGGCUUUUACCCAUCAUAAAUGCCGCAAAUAAUUACUUUCCCAAUAUAUCUGUAUACAUCAUAAUAUAUAUAUAUGUAUAUGUAUACUGUAUAUACAUAUUUAAGUGUUGACAUAUAUGAAUGUAAAAGCAAUGUGUCUAUAAUGUGUAGGUAUCGUCAUUAUGUCUUUAGAUCUCAUGUUAUAUUUGUAUUAGGGUCUCUCUGCCAUUAUUGCUGUUUUUAACAACAAAACUUCAUGUACAUUAAUACUCAGAUAUGAUGUGCAUGUCAAGUUGUUGUAUGAUUCUGAUAUUUAAAUCUCUUUAUUUUUAACCAGGACGCCUGUUUUGUUUAGAGAUGCACCAAUCUACUAUACUGGCUAGGUUAUCUUUGACUUUUCUGUAAAUGGUACAUUUUUGGGAUUUUUUUUUUCUUGCUCUGUUCAUUAAAAGCAUCAAAAUGGAUUUUUCCUAAUAUCUUUGGGCUGUAAAUGCAUCGACCAACGGCAUGCCAGGGUUCCUAUGCUGUCUGGGAAAAUAUGGGAUCUUUUUUUUUUACUUUAAGUAUGGAAAAAGGAAAACUAUAUAUAAUAAUCUUAUAAGAUAGUAACCUAUUCCAGGAUCCAUAAGAAAAAAACCUAAUUUUUUUUUACAUUUAGAUGAUUUGUUAUCAUUUAUUUGGCAAAACUAGAUAGAAUUUUUAGUCCAAGUCAUUAAAAUGUUUUUGUUUUGUAAAAUUUAAUGAGAUAAUCCACUCAUUCAGAAGUUUAAAUACUGCUAUUUUUCCUCUCUUUUGGCUUAGAAACUCUCAAAUCCAGAUUUUAAAGAUUUCUUGCUUUUAUGUAUUGGAUCUUUGAAAAUGACAUUAUUAAUGAUUUAAAAUCAAUAAAUACAAAUAAUAUUUGUAUUGUUUUAUAUGCAAUAAUUUCUUCAAUAUUUAUGUAUUUUUAUUAUAUAUGGGUUCCACUGGGAUAAAUAUCUGGAUCACAGAGCUGCCUGAACUAAUAGAACAGGGCACUUCUGCUUCUGCAGGGUUUUAACUUGAAGGUGGUGCAGCAGAAGCAGAGGGGCGGCGGCUGUCUGAGCUGCUCCAGGGUUUUCCUUAAGGAGUUGCAAUAUUAAGGCUACUUGCGGACAUUUUUACCUCAAUCAGGGCCGAGAAUGAAGGUAAUGACUUUACAGCUCAAAACCAUAGACUUGACCACUCUGAAAUUAGUUUUCUACAUUGGACGAUUGAGUGUUUUUUAAAUUUUUUUUGUUAAAACAGAUUUAGGGUUUUAAACGCAGCCCACUGCCUGAGUGUAACUUUAGAAGCUGAGUCUUUUUUUUUGUCAUAAGCAUGGCUUAAGAUUCCCAAAUACUAAAUUUUUAUUUAUGUUUAAUCCACAUCAUUCAGUCUUCAGCUUAACUUUUCGCUGCCCCUCGUCUGUAAAAAAACUUCAUCCCAUGGCAAAUUAGUGAACAGCUGUGUGUUAAAUUUACACUUAAACCUAAUUUAAAUGAGCUGGCUUA